GUGUGGCCUCCGCCUGGUGCGCGCCCGGUGGGGAGCUGGGGAGCCGCCGCCACCUCGGCCACCUCGUUGCCCCACCCCUUGCAGUCCGCGCCCAGGCCCCGCCCCCGCGGAGCCGCCGCAGAGUUAAAUUGGGCCGGCCCGAAGGUGGAGGCGAGACGCAGCCGCGGCAGGCCAGCGGGGAGAUGCUGCCCCGGAGGCUGGGGGCGGGAAGGCGGCUGCGGGCGCAGCGGCCUCGGGGACUCGCCUCCGCGGGUGCUCAAGGCUGAAGGCGCCGGACCCUCCCCCACGGUGGCACGCACAGCGUCUGGCACCAUUUCCGUGCCCCGAAGACGCCCACACGGGACCUGGGACCGCCAGUGAAGAACCCCUCCUGGGCUCUUCAACCAGCAGCAGAUGCGCACGCUGCUUCUCUCCGGCAGGAAAGCCUUCUAAGCCCGGCGCGCCCGGGCACCCGAGGGUGGAACCGCGGCCCCUGCACGCACUCACCCCAAAGUCUCAACCUCAAACCGAAGGCGACACCCACCCAACUCCUCCGUCUCCGCCCCUUAGUCCACCCAACACUCACAGCCCCUCCAAAGAAAAAGCCCAGCGGAAGAGGACUCCGGAAAAGUGACUGUCUCGGAAGACCAGGGUAGAGCUCCCGGGAGAAAAAGGCGAAGAUCCCCGGCCCCGGAGCGCCAUCCCCUUCCCUGGCACCAGCCUGCCUAGACUGCGCCAAAGAAGAGGGUACGACGCCGGGGAGGGACUGGGUGCGCGGGCAUGAAGUUGGAGGUGUUCGCCCCUCGCGCGGCCCACGGGGACAAGCCGGGCAGUGACCUGGAGGGUGCGGGCGGCAGCGACGCGCCGUCCCCGCUGUCGGCGGUGGGAGACGACUCUCUGGGCUCGGAUGGGGACUGCGCGGCCAACAGCCCGGCCGCGGGCGGCGGCGCCAGAGAUCCGCCGGGCGACGGCGAACAGAGCGCGGGCGGCGGGCCAGGCGCGGAGGAGGAGAUCCCGGCAGCAGCGGCUGCAGCGGCGGUGGCGGAGGGCGCGGAGGCCGGGGCGGCGGGGCCGGGCGCGGGCGGCGCGGGGAGCGGCGAGGGCGCACGCAGCAAGCCGUAUACGCGGCGGCCCAAGCCCCCCUACUCGUACAUCGCGCUCAUCGCCAUGGCCAUCCGCGACUCGGCGGGCGGGCGCUUGACGCUGGCGGAGAUCAACGAGUACCUCAUGGGCAAGUUCCCCUUUUUCCGCGGCAGCUACACGGGCUGGCGCAACUCCGUGCGCCACAACCUUUCGCUCAACGACUGCUUCGUCAAGGUGCUGCGCGACCCCUCGCGGCCCUGGGGCAAGGACAACUACUGGAUGCUCAACCCCAACAGCGAGUACACCUUCGCCGACGGGGUCUUCCGCCGCCGCCGCAAGCGCCUCAGCCACCGCGCGCCGGCCCCCGCGCCCGGGCUGCGCGCCUACGGCGCGGGCGAGCCGGCGCUGCUGGGCGCGCGCGGGGCCGAGGUGCCGCCGGCCGCGCCGCCCCUCCUGCUCGCACCCCUGGCGGCCGCCGCCCCCGCCAAGCCACUCCGAGGCCCUGCGGCCGGCGGCGCGCACCUGUACUGCCCCCUGCGGCUGCCCGCGGCCCUGCAGGCGGCCUCGGUCCGCCGCCCGGGCCCGCACCUGCCGUACCCGGUGGAGACGCUCCUAGCCUGAGCCGCGCCGCGGGGCUCAGGAACGCCGAGUGCGCGCCGUCGGGGAGGCGGGAACGCGCGCCCGCGGACUUUGCACUUUGAAUCCAGAGGAAAAUGAAUUUUAAAAAUCUCCAUCAAACGUGCCUUAAAGCUAAAGCAUUUUGACAGGAGUAUUUGAACUUAGUCCAGGAUACUCUCCUUUGUCUUUUAUAACUUUACAGAGGACCAAAGCAAUUCUUGUGUCAGUUUCUUUGCGAAGCCUGGCUCUCCUUCCCUUCGUAAGGACUUUUUUUGUCUUUAACGCCCAGGCUUCCUGUUAUUCCUACUGUUUUUGUCGCACCUUCCAUUGAUUUAUGUCCCUCCCUUUCCCUCUAAGUACAUCAGGGAACCUUUCCACACUAUAAAUGAUAUGACUACUGUUUGGGGUUUCUGAGCCCUCAUCCGUGUACGUAUGUGGCGUUUCCAGGUAUGACUGAGUGUGAGAGACGUGUCAGAGACUCUUCAGUCAUUUCUUGCUAUUGACCAAUGCUUCACUGUGCCAAAAGAGAAAAAAAAAAGUUGGGUUUUGUAAUUAAAUUAUUUAUAUAUUUUUGAAACCUGAAUUGAAAAUGUUGCAGGCAACGGGCUACAGCUUUAUUAGUGGUUCUCUAACUGUGGUCUCCUUGGGCCAAGCAAUUUCUUUAAAAAAAAGUUGAUUAUGUAUGUGGGGUGCCAGGACCACUGCCACUUGAAAGCAAGUGUGAUUUUUAUUUUUAAUAUUAUUUUAUUUGUGUCUCUGUACAUAUUCAUGUAUAAAUUUUAUGAAACCCAAGCAUAGUGCUUAUUUUUUAAUAAAACUCACAACUGACUUAACACAUUGUG